UCCAUCCCCACAAUGGCGUUCACUGGCUCAGACAUCUGCAAGAUCCUUUUCGCGAUCCUCCUCCCCCCCGUGGGUGUCUUCCUCGAGCGUGGCUGCAACUCAGACUUCCUCAUCAACAUCCUCUUGACGAUUCUGGGUUACAUUCCCGGUAUCAUCCACGCGCUCUACAUCAUCCUCAAAUACUAGGCGCACACAGGGCCACCUUCCUAUUGCUAGCCGGCCCCAUUCCUCGUUACGCCGUUUACGACGCUGUCAUGAUCGUUCCGACAGACACUGUAUAUUGAGGUUUCUAUAAUUCCCGUAUUACCUACCGGCGUAGUAGUAGAUGUUGUUCUCUGUGCGUCCAUGUAUUAUUGAUACCCUUCUU